CUUCCUAUAUAAGGUUCGUGUAUAUGCUUGUUUCAUCAAUCUUAAUUCCUCGUAAUUUCGAAAGAUUGGUAUGACACGAUCUCUAACUUGAAUUUUCAUUUAAAAAAUUUACCUUCUGUCUUGUUGGGUUUCUUAAAUUUCUGUUGUACUUACUCUUACAGUCUUUUUUUUUUUUUCGACUGUAGUGGAGAAUUGUAGUGAGAACAAAGAGGGUGUUCGAAUUUGGCCGUGACGAGGUCACAUCCGUACCACGAGGCAUAGCUCUGUCCAAUACGAUGACACGUGGCACUCAGCCGCAGACGGAGUUUAAUCAAAUUGCUGGGACACCAGUCAUGCCUGGGGCCUUGGAAAUCAACUCAGCAGGGGAUUUUUCAAGCUUGUUCAGGGAGCUACCCAACAGAGGCAGGGUGGUACGUGUGCGCGAGGUCACAGAAAAUACACCGGCCAGCCAUGACCCUCGCAAUGCCGAUCUCUCAAACAUGGUGCCUUGGCAUCAGAUGGGCAUCUCAUCCGAGCAUCAAUCUCUCCCAAUCCCACCCCCUCACCCUAUAAUCCAGGGAAUGAUGGGCCAUCACAUAUCAGCAUUGCCGCCACAGUGGCAGAUCCAGGCCAAUAACUCAGCUGGAGUGGAUGGCCAGGAUACACAGGGGGAUAUCACAGUCAACUGCUCAAGUGCACCAACUAUUCCACUCCCGGGAAUGGCGGGCUACGAUGUGUGGUCGAUGUUGCCAGCCCACCUGAAGGAUCUCUCCCUCAGUUGCACUAUGAAACCUACAAACCGUCAAAACACUGACGAAAUGAACUGGCAGCCAGAUGAUCCAUCUGAUCACGGCCACUCGUUCGCCGGACCCGCUUUACUGAACAUCGUAAGGGCUCCAUCAUCAAUUUACGAUCCAAUCUAUCAAGGGACAACCCUAUGUGCAGACCCACAUCUGAAGGCAUACACGGGCAGCGCGUUCUACAGUUAUGGAACAAACGGACCGUAUCCGUAUCAGUCGUCCACAUCAUACGGACAUCUGGGAAACCUAAUCUCACCUGAUUAUGUUUUCAAGGUGUUCCUGGCUGAUCAUCUCCAUCCAUUGCUUCUAAAGGGGUAA